AUGCCUCUAUACAUCGCAGAUGGAUCGAUUGACCCUCUCUCUCUCCUAUCUGUACCGGAGAAGUUUGUGAUCUUUUACUCUUCCAUUGUAGAUGGACAGAUGUGGUGUCCAGUGUGUCCUAGACUGUCGUUUGAGCUGAUUCGGGAUCUGAUUUCUGUUGAUCAGGAUUGUCGAGAAAUUGACCAGCUUGUACAGAACACGUUUUCCGAAGGCGGCCCAGCAGCUCUAAUUGUCUACGUCGGCGAUAGAGGACAAUGGAAAACGGCGUCUAAUGUGUACCGCCAAGAACCAUGGAAGAUCACGAGCGUACCGACAAUCGUGCGCUUGAAAGACGGAAAGGAAGAGGCGAGGCUCGAGGAUCCUGGUCCCAUUCAGCAGGGAAUCGCAGCUUUUGUCAAGCCACAAUAA